UCAUAGGGAUCUGCUAAUCUUAAAUAACGGACUAAACCGGACCAGUCAGUCAGCUGUAGCUCACUUGAGGGAACCUCCUGAAGGUCGGAUAACAAUGCUGGAACCAGAACAUGGCCCUAUAAUGCAGGUGGAGCACACCCAUACAAGGUGUUGGGUGGGUGUGCUGAGCUGCCUUCUGCUCGCCUGUCAGUACGUUGGCAGUUUGUACGUCUGGAGAAGCAGUUUACCCAGGGACCAUCCCAGAAUGAUAAAGCGUCGCUGUGCCAGUGUGCUGCUGGUCUCUGCACUGUCACCUGCAGUGGUGAAAGCAUGGAUGCACUGGGCUGAUGUCAGGGUCGAUGCAUCUGUGUGGGAGUUGAUGGGAGUUCGUUUGGACGGUCUGGCUCCUGCAGCCAUACUGCCACUACUACUAACCAUGGUAUUUUACCUUGGACCCCUGGUUCAUUCUGCGAUAGACAACCCCGAAGGCUUCACUGGGGAACUGCAGUCUGCACUAGAUGUUCAGUCAUGGAGGUUGUGUGUAGGUGAUGCAGUGUGGCUCAGGAACCAGAUGGUGGCACCAGUGACGGAGGAGCUGGUGUUCAGGGGGGCCAUGCUGCCCAUGCUGGUGUCCUGCACUGGACCCACAGCUGCCAUCUUUAUGGCUCCGCUGUUCUUCGGUGUUGCCCAUUUCCACCAUAUCGCAGAGCAACGCCGCCUCCACAAGGACAGUAUGAGUGUCAUCCUCUUAGUGUCAGUGAUACAGUUCUCGUACACAACUGUGUUCGGUGCCUUCACGGCCUUUAUAUUCAUGAGAACUGGCCAUGUUGUGGGUCCAAUGUUGUGCCAUUCAUUCUGUAACAGUCAGGGCCUGCCUGACAUCAGCUCUGCCCUGCAACACCCUCAACGAUCAGCUCUACUCUUUUCAUAUCUGAUGGGGGUGCUGCUGUUUCUGGUGCUACUCUUCCCGCUGACGGACCCCUUCCUCUAUGGUUCCAUUCCCAUCUGCAGUCUGGCUGUACCUGCAGCAUCUGUAUGCUAGAUUAAAUGAAAUGAAAUGCCUGCUCUUAACACUUAUUUUUUUUACAAUGGAUUUCAUUUUGUGUCAGGUUUUCAAAUGAGUGUGUGCAUUAGUAGGUAUGUGUGGGUGGAUAUGUUCAUGAGAAGAGAAUGAUUCUAGCAUGUCAGACAUUUCCUGCAUGGUUGAAAAUAUUUCCUACAGUAAUGAAACACAACACCAGUACAACUUUCCCUGGCUGAGAGAGAGAAAAUGUGUGUGGCAGAGAAAAACAGAUGAACUGUGCGAGUGAAUGAGUGAAAAGGGAAGGCUUUGGAGGAGACAGCUGUAGAGAAAGACACAUAUGCAGACAGAGAGAGGCAGACAUAGACACAGAGGCCAACAAACACUCAGAAGGAACCAAAGUGGAGAGAGACAGCUAUGUAAAGUCACAUUGUUAGGACAAAUAAGGCUAUAAAAGACAGACUUGUGAGAAAGAACUGUUAGAGCCAGAAGCAACACAAGCAAUGCCAACAGACAUCAAGUUAAGAGAAGAGAAAAAUAAAGGAGAACAGCAAAGGAAAGAUGGAGGGGGAGUAUGGGGGAAACAUUAGUGUGUCCCCAAGGAAAUUAAGAAUUGAGUAGCAGAGAGUUGGGGAGAAGAGAGGAGAGUGUUAGGACAGAGAAGUGAAAGGUCGGGUCAGGCGAUUAAGAUUUAUGAGUAUGUGCUGGAGCCAGCCGCCGGUUCUGCCCAAAAGUAAAAGAAUCUGUCUACCAGCACCUGUGAAGCUCAGUAUGUUGUAUCUCAUUUGUUGAAUCCAUACAAAAACCAAAAUGAUAAUGCGUUGCUUUAUGGGGGCCAACCAGCGGAGACUCCAGGAAGUUACUGGUAUAACGUAAUAUAACUCAUUAACAGCUAUAACCUGUUGAGGUUCUGGGAGGCACCUUUAGGUUACCUAAUGACAGAGCCUGGCUAGCUGUUUCCCUUCUUUAUGCUAACUGGCUGGAGUGAGCUGUGUGUUUGAGCAGUGAGUAUGUAACAGCACCAAUUCCCCAUUACUUCUUAACUCUGGUCACAAACUGGGCUUAAUCUUCUGCUCAUUGCUGUGAAAUGUUGGAAAGGUUUAAGAUCUUGUUUUAUUCAACAAACGACAGCUGACUUCUCAUCA